ACGCCUCCGGGAGGGGAGGAAAAGAGAGGCUCGGAGGCCAUUUGCAAAAGAGCUCCUUCCUCGGGGCCUGGGCUAUUGGGGGCAGAGAGGAGGAGGAGGGCUCUCUCCCCACAGACCCCGAGCCCCCCCCCCCCCGAUCCUUGCCGGAUCGAGGCCCCUCUUCCCAACGGAGGAGGCAGCAGCAGCAGAAGAAAAGGAAGAGGAGGAAGGAGCCGCCCGCAAAGCCUGGUCUCUGCGGCGCCGUCCCUCCGCCUGUCUGCCGGUCAGUGGGUGCCUCCGUGGGUCCAGGAGGGGCCCCGACCGACAUGGAGCCCCCGGAGCCCCGCCAGGAAAGGACGCCUGCCGCCGCCCCCGCCCCCGCUUCCUAGAAGCCCGAGGAAGAGGAGGAGGAAGUGGAAGGAGGAAGACUCGGCCGAGGAAGAGGAAGCGCCGCCGGAGGAGCCCCGCCAUGUGAUGCCAGAGGAGGGCUGGGAUGAUAUGGAAUGUGGUCAGCUGCCUUCAGAUGCCCUCCGACAGGUGAAGAUCCAGCGUGACCCCCUCUACGGAUUAGGCUUUGUGGCUGGCAGUGAGAGGCCGGUGGUGGUCCGCUCUGUCACUCCAGGGGGCCCUUCUGAGGACAAGCUCCUGGCAGGGGACCAGAUCCUGGCCAUAAAUGAAGAGGAUGUGAGUGACGCCCCCAGAGAGAGAUUCAUAGAACUUGUCAGGGGUGCCAAGGAGUCCGUGGUGCUCACUGUGCUCCAGACCCACCAGUCCCCCAAGUCAGCCUUCAUCAGUGCUGCCAAGAAAGCAAAGCUGCGCUCCAAUCCGGUGAAGGUUCGCUUUUCAGAACAAGUCACCAUUGGCGAGCCUGAUCCAGACAUGCUGAAGAAGGAGGCUCUGCUCCUCAUCCCCAACGUGCUGAAGGUUUUCCUUGAGAACGGGCAGAUCAAGUCUUUCACCUUUGACGGCCGAACCACCGUCAAGGAUGUGAUGAUGACCCUGCAGGACCGUCUCUCCUUGAGGCACAUUGAGCAUUUCUCACUAGUGCUGGAGUACUCCAGCCCUGAGCAGAGCCACAAGUUCCUUCUACUCCAAGACAAGCAGCCGCUGGCCCACGUGGUGCAGAGGACCCACUACCAGGGCAUGCGAUGCCUCUUUCGCGUCAGCUUCUUCCCCAAGGAGCCAGCAGAACUGCUCCGGAGGGACCCGGCCGCCUUUGAGUACCUCUACAUCCAGAGCCGGAACGACGUGAUCCGGGAGCGUUUUGGCAUGGAGCCCAAGCCGGAGAUGCUGCUGGGCCUGACCGCCCUCCACAUCUACAUCACUGUCUCCGCCACGCGCCCCAGCCAGAAGGUCUCCCUCAAAAACGUUGAGAAGGAGUGGGGCCUGGAGCCCUUCCUGCCGCCCUCCCUGCUGCAGGGCAUCAAGGACAAGAGCCUGCGGAAGUCUCUCUCCCAGCAGCUGAAGGCCCACCAGAACCAGCCACCGUGUGGCACCAAGGUCUCCACUACUCAAGCAAAGCUCCAGUACUUGCGCAUCCUGAAUGAGCUGCCAACCUUUGCAGGCGUCCUCUUCAACACUGUGGGGCUGGAUGAGAAGCAGCCGGCCACCACGCUUCUGGUGGGCCCCCGCCAUGGCAUCAGCCACGUCAUUGACCUGAAGACCAACCUGACCACUGUGCUGUCUGAGUUCAGCAAGGUCAGCAAGAUCCAGCUCUUCAGGGAAAACCAGGGGGUGGCACGGGUGGAAACCAGCAUCCUGGAUGCCAAGCCACUGGUGCUUCUCAUGGAAUGGCCGGAGGCCACAAACUUCGCUGGCCUGAUAGCUGGCUACUGCCGCCUUCUGGUGGACUCCAAGAGGAUGAUCUUUGCCCGCCAUGCCAGCCAGCCCCCACCGCCCCCGCCUCCAAUGAUCAAGGCAGAUUAUGCCAACGCGCCGCCUGCCAGCCACCGGCCUGCCCCCGUGGGGCACCUGGGAAAGAAAGAGAGCAGGGUCCUGGGUGGCCCUCUCCCCAGCCCCUGUGAGCGCACCCCCCGAGAUCCCGUGGACUCGGACUCGGAGCUCGUCCGCUUUUGCUACCUGCACAUGCGGGAGCAGAGGAAGGAGCGCAAGAACCGGACGGACAUCAAUGAAAACCUGAUCUUCUUUGAGGAGUCCCGGCCCCGGACCAAGUCUGACCCAACCCCCAAGAGCUCUGGGCAGGACUGCGAGGGGGUCGCCCAGGACUAUGACCCGGACGGCCUGGACCGGAAGCGCCGGGCCAACCGUACCCGUGCACACACCAUGGAUGGCCAUGGCCACAGCCGCUCUGUCCAAUUCUACUGUGACUCCUGCAAAGCCAAAGUCAAGGGGGGCCAGGGGGCUGCCACUGUUGCCACCUCCAUAUCGUCCGCCCUCAGCACCUCUCGCAAGGGUGGCAACCCCAGCGCCUCCCGUGACAACACGGUGGUGGACCUGACGUCUCUCCCGCCACCUGGGAGUGACGAGGAGGAUGAGACCACCGCCCUGCUCCCGGCCAUCGCCGCCCCUCCGCCUGGCUUCCGGGACAACAGCUCAGACGAGGACGACUCCAAGCGCCGAGCGGCGGCUGUGGCAGUGGCGGCGGCAGCGGCAGCAGCCCAAAGCCAGGAGUCUGGACGACACCUCUGUGGGCUCCUCUACGACGAAAUCCCAGUGACACUCAUCGACAGCGUGCAGACGAGGACGGUCAAGGACCAUGCGCAGGAUCUGGACGAUGCACUGGUCUCCACCCUGCAGGCACUGGAAGCUCUGGCUGCCUCGGAGGAUGGACCGCACCCCCCGCCUCAGCAGACAGCAGGCCUGAUUGUUCUAGCUGCCAUCACCCCAGAGUCCUCCCUUGAUUCCGGCCAUGAAACCAACUCAUCAGAGAUCACGGACGUCUCAGAGGUGGUCUCGGCCAUGAAGCAGCACCAGAACGCUGCCUUCUUCCUGGCCCAGCACAUCAACAAGGAGGGCCUGCUGGCCAGGAAGGACCUCCCGUUCCGCCUCCAAGGCUGCACUGCGCAAGCCAUCCUCACAUCGCCUUACAGUCUCCGGCACCCAGAGCCCAGCUCCAUUCCAGCGGCAGUCACCUCAGAGUCCAAGGCUGGCCCCAUCUGCAGCAGAAGCAAGCUGGAGCCUCCCUGUCUGGGACGGAGCAACACCUCGGCUGCGCAGCCAGCAGCUCCACAGCAAGCUGGGGAGACCAGGAGCCAAGGCACGCCGAUUCUGCCGCUGCCCGAGGGCAAGGGCUCUGGGCCCCACCUGGCGGCCUUUGAAGUCUCCCUGCGCACCGCCACAGCUUCCCUGAGCAACCAGCAGAACCAGGAGGGGCUGCAGGACAAGAGGCCCACAGAGUUCCGGCUGAGCCCCACGCUGGUCCUGGAUGCCGAGGGCCUGACGACCCCGGCCCUCAUCUCAACAGCUCUGCAGCAAGCGAUCAGCCACAAAGCCUCCUCUCCUUCUCCUAGAGUUCUCUCACCAGCAAGCACUGUGCACAAUGACAGCCACAGUUGUAGCUGGCCGGUUGGCAUCAUGCUUGGCCGCCAAGGAUUGGUGACCAUGGACCAGCCUGUCCCCAACUCCAAGGCCUCCCAGAAGGAGCAGGAAGGGGUCUCUCCCAGGCCCCCAGGGAACAAAACCCAUGAUGGCUGCCCUUGCUCCCCAGAAGAGGUGGCUGGACUGGCUCCCAAGAGAAGGCAGGAGCCAGUGGAGAGGCUGGGGGCCCAGGAUUUGGGCCAGAAAGGGGCUGGAGAGGCUGCCAGCAUGGCUUGCAACAAAGUGGCUGGCUCCGUGAGCCAAGGGGAAAGGGGGCAGGCCGAGAUGAGGAGCCUAAAGGCCGAGGCCAGCACCCCAAGGCCCCCACCUGCCAGGAAUGGGGGCAUCUUCAGGGGACCCGGGAGCGAGGACCCCAAAGGGCAGGUCCAGCUGGGAGGCAGGGCAGAAGGCAUGGGCACCAGCUCUGUGACUUUGGUGCAGCCCGAAAAGGUCCUGGCAGUCACUCUGCCAGACACCGAUGUGCCUGCAAAGCCCAAAGUGCCCAAGGCCUCCUUCCGCCUGCGAAGCCUCUUUUCAGCCACCUUCCCUGCCCGGCUGAAAAAGGAGACGGAUGAGCGGCAGGCUCAGCUGCAGAAGGUCAAGCAGUAUGAGCUAGAGCUGUUGGAGGAACUGCUCAAGCCAAAGGCCCAGCCAGGGGAGGCCCUCCUCCUGCCGUCCCCAUCGCUUCCCCCACAGCCACCAGAGCAUCUGCUCCCCUCGGCCCCCGGGGGGCGCUGCGCUUGCCAACUAAGGACCAGCCCCGUUCAGAAGGUGCCCGGCCUCUCCCGGGAGCAGCGGCGUAGCUGCGACUGCAAGCGCCUCAGCCGCGGGGUGAGGCCCCAGGCCAGCCAGGCGGAGCGGCGUGGGCGGGAGAAAGCCCCUCAGCAACAGCAGCAUGGGGAGGCCCCAAAGGGCACUCAUGUCUGGAGCCCCUGCAAGGGUGCCCGUGUCCGUUCCACCAGCCUGGAGUCCAGGGACUGCCGCUCCAACCCCGAGCCUAGUGUAUCCUGCCUACCCACAUGUGCCUCUCGGGGGGAGUGCCUGGGAGCCCACCACUACCAGAGACUCAUGCGCCGCUACAGUGUUGGAGAAAUAGACAAAGCUGAGCCCACCCAACCAGCCAUGGAUGUCUAUCGUAGCGUCCAUGCGGCGGCCAAGUUGCUGAUGAAAGAGAGCGAUGCUGAAGCUCAGGCUCCUCUGCCACCAACAGGUAGACUUCAGGAGCCAGCCCCUGCCAUGGGGCCAGACCCCUCCUAUGUCCAAAUGGCUGCCCAGGAGAAGAAGGUCCAGAGGGACCGAGGCCCCUGUCCAACCACAGAAGACAUCUACCCCAACCACUCCCGGCUGCCGGAGGAUGGGGAGCCAGAGGAGGAAGAGGGGGCCAGUGAGCAUUGCUGCUCCAUCCGCUACUGCUUCUACUACCGGAAGUGUGAUGCAGCUGACGACGGGAGUGAGAAGGACGAGCUCUCCUACUCCAUCCCCAUGCAGAUACUGCCCGGCAUGGAGCUUGACAGCCAGGCCAUUCCAGUGGUCAGCCGGACCCUCCAGGUCCUGGACGCCACGGCCUGCAGCAGCCCCGAUAGCCACCAGACCCAGGAGAUAGACCUGCGAACCUCAACCUUUGAGGGCAGCCUAGCCAAGAUUCACGCCCUGAAGGGCCGGACCUACGCCUUGCCUGACGGGUUCCUGGCUGCCCAGAUGGACACCAGCGAGCUCCUGACCAUCCUGAGGCAGUGCGUAGUGAACCCUGACGUCCGGGAGGGCAAGCCCUACCUCCCGCAGCUGAUUGAGCACAAGCAGGACCUGGCCCUCCACUUCAAGGAGUUCCGGGCCUCCUGCCGGCGUGUGGCCGCCGUGGACAAGAGUCCGGCCCACAUGCUCUUGGCCAUCACCAGCAGCUUCCAAGUGCUGGGUGCCCUGAUCGAGACCUUUGUGCGGCUGGUGCAUGUCGUGCGCUCCGACUCCCAGCGCCAGGCCCUGCUGGCCAAGGUGGAGGAGGUGGUCAGGAACUACACAUUCCUGCUGAGGGCCGCUGAGGAGUCCACGGCCAGGACGGCCACUCACCGAGGGGACCCGGCCGCCGAUCCAUUGGGCCGUCCAUCGAUGGUGUCUGUUGUGAGCACGUUCACACGCUCCUUGAAGACACUAAUGAACAAGUGAGGCAGCCUCUCCUGGAGCCUUUCCCUUGAGUCCAGCUGGGCAAGAGGGAGCCCCUGCGCUUUCACUAUUGGGGGGCAUGUGCAGGCUGGAGGAACAACAGGGGAAGCGAGUUGCCUUGCCAGCUGCUGCUGGUCCUUUUGGGUAGAGAGAGGGGGAGGCCACCGUGGCCACAUCAGCCCUCCCCAUCUCUGGCUCCUUCACUGGCCUGUCAACAUAAGGUUGCUUUUGCCCCAUGAGGUUGGGUGGAGGGCAGCCUGAAAAUCCCCCCACCCCACACACAAACACCAAAGCUUUGCCAACAUUGGGUGAAACAGUCAGCAGGCCUGUGGGCACAUCCUGGGCCAGCUAGGGAGCAAGAUGGGGGGCAUCACCCCUUCCUAGGGGCAUCUCUAGUCUCUGAGCUGGAAAGGGGCCAUCCUCCUUCUUGCUCAGUGCAUGUGUGCGCACGGGAUGGAAAGUGGAGGUCACGGUGGGGCAGAACAUCCCCAUUGCCUGAGCAAGAACAGAUUUUGUGGGGAGGGGAGGGAAGGCCAGUGUCCCUGUCUGAAGCGAAUGGUCCAGGCUGGGACCCGGGUGGGAGGGGCAGAUGCCUCUGAGGGCCAGGGUCCCACAUUGCCCUCCCUCUGGACACAUGCGCAAGACACAGGCGGGUGGGUUGGGCUAGGCCUGGGGGGAAGUGUCUUCCUGCCAGCCCUUUACUAGCUCCUCUGGACUGUUGUUCCGUUGGGGCUUCUUUCUUGCUUUGAAUGUAAGGCGAUAUGGUGCCAAAGGGGUCCUUCUUUCCGUUCCUGGGUCGCCUCCAGACGUAAGCGCACAGGGCCCUGGCGGGCCCCUUCCUCACCCCAAAACGAGGCAGAGCAGAGGGACCCCUCAGGCUCCAUGGCUGCCUUGGGCUGAGAGCAGAGCGCCCUUUCGGAGGGGGUCUCUCUCUGGAGUGUCCCUGGCUUCAGUGCCAACGGGGCAACCAUCCCCUGCCUCUUCCCGAAGACAAGGCCCAACCCACCUCCGCCCCCUUCGCCCUUGAUAUGGAGAUGCACACUGUGGCUCCCAGCCCCCGUCCCUCCAGAGUGCCAUGAAGCCCGGGGCCAGCCCCAGGCCUCCAGGGAGAAGGGCUGCCUUCUCUGCCGGCCCCUGCCAGCCCCCUUCCUUCCCUGCUGCAUCCAAGGAAGGAAGGAGGGAAGGAAGAAGAAGGAAGGGGCCUUUUGUAAAAGGAGAAAAGCCUGUACAGACUAUACAUAGCACCAAAACUAUAUAUAGAUAU